AUGGCGUCUGGUGCUGCCGGAGAUGGAAUAUUUGGAAACGUCUUUGGAGGAUGCAUUUCCAGCGACGACAUCGGUAUUCAGAGGAGGCCUUAUCAUCGCAACUGCAACUGUGCUCUUCAUAGAUCCGAUGAAAACCAUUGCACUCACGCUCCUCUUCCUAAAGUCUCCUACCCGAUCAGACGAUCCUGGAGCGAAGGUUGUUUGGUAGCCAUGAUGGCCUCCGCUGGCCCUUCUCCCGGAUCUUCUCCAUGUUGUCCUUCUUCACCGGCACCGACAGCUCCUUCCGCGGCCAGAUUGCCGCCUCAUAUUCCGAAUCAUCAACUAAAUCAUUAG